AUGUCACUUGAUUUCGACUCCCUGUAUCUUCUCGAGCUCUCCCAGGACCAAUAUAACCCUGGCGAUCCAUGGCCCCCUGGAGAUUCAUGGCCAAUAGAUGAACUGAUCGCCUUGAACGAUGCCACCAAUCCUGUUGACCCACCAUCGCAUUUGGACCCAGAUUUCGAUCUCCUCUGGUCCCAAUUAAAUGAAGAGGGUCUCUACUCUGUGGCGGGUUCUUCUGAGCCGCCGCCUCUCUCCCCAUCCCCAUCGACCUCCUUGGCCCCUCCGCCACAAGCCAAUCCACAACCCUGGACGCCUCCCGAUAUAUUCGAAAUAGGGUUCCAGGACACUAAUGGUGAUUGGCGCUGCAACUACUCCGGAUGCCUAUCCACUCAGGUCUUUUUGCGGGCCUGCGACCUGCGAAAACAUUACCGUUCCCAUCAGAAGACUUACUUCUGUAAGGAACGGGACUGUCACUGGUCGAAAAUCGGGUUCUCUUCAAGCAAGGAUUGCCAACGCCAUAUGAGGUCUCAUCGGCCGAUGAUCAAAUGCUCUGCGGCGGAGUCUCUGGGUUGUACGCGGGUGUUCAGUCGAGUUGAUAAUAUGAAAGAACAUCAUCGCAAGAUCCAUGAGUUUUCGCAGAAUAAUCUGUUUCCUCGUCCUUGCAGGCGCAGUACCAGAAAGAAAGACGGUACCUCUAAGCCAUGUGAGCUUGACAGUUCUGCAUGA